GCAAACCUCCAAACUCCUCAACCCUCUCAAUUCAUUGAAGGAAAAAAAAAAUGGAAGUCGAGUCCCAAACCAACAAACCAACCCAACCCAAACCCAAACUAAGCAAGAACCUCAAGCUCGCCGUCGUCAUUAUCAACAUCAUCCUCAUGGCUCUCGGCAACACCGGUCGCGGCCCUUGGUCUCCGCGCCUCUACUUCGACCGCGCGACCCGCUACUGGCUCUCCAGCUUCCUCGAGACCGGAUUCCCCGUCGUCCUCCUCCCCCUCUCCCUCUCCUUCCUCCACCGCCGGCCGCGUGACCCCGCCGCGAAAGCCAUCCUCGCAGAUUGGAGGAUCUUCGCGGCGUCCGCGGCCAUCGGACUUUCAACCGGACUCGACGACUUCCUCUACGCCUACGGCCUCUCCUUCCUCCCGGUUUCUACGUCGGCGUUGUUGAUCUCUACGCAGCUCGCGUUCACGGCGCUGUUCGCGUUCUUGAUUGUGAGGCAAAGGUUUACGGCGUUCUCGAUAAACUCGGUGGCGCUGCUGACGGUGGGGGCGGCGCUGCUGGGGCUGCACUCGAGCGGGGACAGGCCCGAGGGAGUGUCGAAGAGGAACUACUACUUCGGGUUCGUGUUGACGUUGGGAGCCGCGGCGUUGUACGGGUUGAUUUUGCCGCUGAUUGAGCUGAUGUACAAGAAGGCGAGGCAGGAGAUAACCUACACGUUGGUGAUGGAGAUGCAGCUCAUCAUGGGGUUUUUUGCGACGGCCUUUUGUGCCGUUGGAAUGAUCGUUAACGAAGAUUUUCAGGCAAUUUCAAGAGAAGCAAAGAACUACGGACUAGGAGAGACCAAGUACUACUUGGUGAUCGUCUGGUCCGUGCUCUUCUGGCAGUGUUUUUUUCUCGGUGCGGUCGGAGUUAUCUUCUGUGUCAACACAUUGCUGGCCGGGAUACUCAUCGCAGUGUUCAUCCCGAUGGUCGAGGUUUUGGGUGUCAUACUCUUCCAUGAGAAGUUCAGCAGUGAAAAAGGUGUUGCUCUUGUUUUGUCCCUCUGGGGUUUGGCUUCCUACUCCUACGGAGAGUAUCUAGAAAACAAGAAGAAGAAGAAGAAAAUGGAGGAUGCAGUUCUUUCAAAUCAAAGCACAAAUACAUAACAAACAUUGCAUGGUACAAUAAAUUUAUUAGCAAUAUUUGAGUAUGUAUUUCACAUCAAAUUAUAUAUAUAUAUACAAACGACGACGGGUUCACCCCAAAUUUGAUGUGUUGUGGGUUUUAGAAUAUGUAGAUCAAGUUCAACGGAACGGAUCAUCCAUAAUGUAACUUAAUCAUGUGAUUUUAGGC